GCCUGAAUGUAGAUCCGCAUGGGCUCAUACUUCUCUGUCUCUCCGAAUAACCCAGCGGAACCUUGAGAUACGGAUCCCAGGAUGGUGUUAGUGCAUGUCGGAUACCUGGUUCUACCCGUAUUCGGCUCCGUAAGAAACAGAGGACCGAGAAUGGUUGUCAUGCUCAUGGUACUUGUGGUAACCAUCAUUUUCCCACCCCCACAGAAGUAUUUUUCACCCUAGGAUCCCAUUUCAACCGGCAACAGCAACAACAGCAGCAGCAGCACAGCCAUGCUACCUCUUGCCGGCACUUCCAGUUAGGUCCUCAGGCCCCGCUGACCAUGGACUUCCCCAUGCCCCACCCAGGGCAGCCACAGUCAGGCAUUAACCCCCACUUGGCCCCUCCCGGCCACCAGCAUGGCCCUCAGCUCCACCCGUCCCUUAAUUCCCUGCCCACCCCCCAGUUCCAGGACAUCUCCGCCCCUCCCUUCCUACCUCAGGCAUUACACCAGCAAUACCUCCUCCAGCAGCAGAUCCUUGAGGCCCAGCACCGACACAUCCUGCCACCCUCCAGACGUACCCCAGAGAGAGUUCCUCACCAGCCCCACAGAUUACGGCCUGGGUACGAGUUUGCUCCGCCUCUUCAUGUGCCCCCUCAGCCGGUGGUGCAGCAGCCCCGUUACCUGGCCGAGGGCACAGACUGGGAUCUAAGUGUCGAUGCUGGACUGCCGCCCCACCAGUAUCACAUCCAUCCACUGCCACAGCACUAUCAGCACUACCUGACCUCUCCUAGGAUGCACCACUUCCCUAGAAACAAUGCCUCAACGCAAGUGGUUGUCCAUGAGAUCAGAAACUACCCAUAUCCCCAGCUGCACUUGCUGGCUCUGCAGAGCCUCAACCCCUCCCGCCACGCGUCUGCCGUUAGAGAGAGCUACGAGGAGCUUCUGCAGCUGGAGGACCGGCUGGGCAGUGUCAAUCGUGGAGCGGUCCAGACGACCAUAGAGAGAUUCACUUUCCCCCAUAAGUACAAAAAGAGAAUACCCCAGGACCUGAAGAUGUGUCUGGAGGAUGAGGAGCUGGACACAGAUGAGAAGUGCACCAUCUGUCUGUCGAUGCUGGAGGAGGCAGAGGACGUCAGGAGAUUACCCUGCAUGCACCUCUUCCACCAGGCGUGUGUGGACCAGUGGCUGGCCACCAGCAGGAAAUGCCCCAUCUGCAGAGUAGACAUUGAGACCCAGCUGACCCCCGACAGUUGAUGACUCCUGUCGACUCCCGCAGCUUCGGAUCUGGUCUUGUGAAUUCUCCAUUGCCUCCCGUCUGGGGGGAAAAGCUCUGCCAAACACCCCUCCUCCCCCUCUGCAUCACUCCACGAGCCCGCCUCCUGAGACGGCCGUGACAGAGGGAUCAACAAAGCACACUCACCCACAACACAACGAGGGACAGGGGGUUGACGCACAGAUCGGCGGCUGGAAGGUUGGUUGAAUGGAACUUAGCUGGAUGUAAACGUAGCAGCGGACACGUAUGGACAGAUGUGCUGAGGCUUCACACGAGUCUGUCAGUGCACCCUGUGUACAUUUCUCCAUACAGCCACACACACAGAGACAGAGACAGAGAGAGAGAGAGAGGACACUGACCACCAACCUCCCCAGCUCAGUGUGGUGUAUUAAGGCCAUGUCUCUGCCACAGCAUCUAAACCCCCCCCCCCCAGGCCUGUGAAAAAUCCUUUAAGCUGCACUCUGCCCAAGCCCUCAGCACAUCUGUACAGAAUAUUAUCAAAUGAUUAGCAUGAGGUUGUUUGGUGUGAACUCUUGUAGCCGAAUGCUUGUGGUGUAAUGGAGUAUAGUACUGAAUAAGUAUUUACAGAGUAACAGUGUUGUGUAGCAAGCAAAAAGCCUUUUGAGAAAUAUGUGUGUGCAAAAAUAAAACCUACAGAACAGAGAGGGUGAAUACAGCUCUGACGGCGAGAACACGCGGCGCGUUCAAUCAUAGGCAACGACAGGAAGAGCUAGUUGUGUAAAAAGGCCAAAAAAUCCCUCGGUUCUCGUCCAACGCGGUUUUGGAUGAACGGUUGGUGGACGCCAUCAGAGUUUGAUGCUGAACCCCGCUAACUGCAGGCAUGGCUUCCAGUGAUCUGUGUAGUGUCGUAGUCGGGGCCUCUAUAAUCUAGAGCGGGGGCCUCGGAUGUGCAUGCUGUCUGGCAGGCUUGGGCUGUGUCGUUAAUAUUGUGGAGCAGUAGAAACAGGGACUGUGUCUGUGCAUGUGACGCGUAUACUAUGACUCUGACGAUCCCACUCAUUCAUAGAGGAGGAACGAGAAUGCACCCCACCCCAAUCCCCACCCUUCCCCUCCCUCUCCCCUCUCCCCCGACCAAAGUUGCCCUUAGACACAGAUCUCGGACAAACGUAGCAUUUCUCUCCUAGUGUCUGCGAUUAGGAUUCAAAGAGCUGCUCGGCGGGUCCGUGUCUAACAGCAACUCCUCUGUGUUGCCUUGCUCACGGCAUGAUCGUGGUCAUGAGAGGCCGGCAUGGGCUUGAGGAUGCAGUGCCUGAGUCUUGCCAUCAGAGUGAAUAAAAUCAGACAUUUGUGUCACCUUUUACCGGAACCUUAUUGCCUAUCGAACAAGCACAUGUGAUUUCUUAUAUGCGGGCGUAUUGCCUCUGUUGUGUAUCGGCUCCUUUUCAUUUCAAAUCUAAGUUGCUCCCACUGUUUAAUAAAAAGACUGUGUCUGGUGUUACAGGGAAAAAUACAAACUAGUUUGCCUGUGAUAUGUGCUAGAAUGUGUAUGACAGCCCCCCCUCUCCCAUUGUAGUCGCGUACGCUAGAACAACUGUGAUAUGUUCGGUGAUAGAAGCCGUUUUCUCUAUAUCAUGCAUGAACCAUGUCGGCGUUGUCCACUUGAAGGAGGGUGAAAGGGAGAAAAAGCCAUCCAUUUGAAAAAUACCAAACAAUUGUUCUUAACAUUAGUUUUUUAUUUCAAGUGUCGAUUUGAGUUUUUUUUUUUUUUUUUUUGCCAUUUCUUUAUUUGUUUUUUCUUAUUACCUGUAUUCUUUUUGCUCACAUGCCAAUUUGGACAUGGUACUAAUAUGCCGAGUCCUUGUCCAUUUUCACCAUAGUGAAGAAAAGGCUGCAAUGCUGCAAAAACAUAUUUAUUGUUGUUCUAAUGUAGCUUGUGUUUUGUAAAUGCACUAUAAUAUGGAGUUGCCUGAUUUUUUGGUUUGGUGACGUGGGUUCUUCUUGUCCUAGAGUUUGUGUUUCUUCUCAGUUUCAAGUAUUUUCAUGCUUCCUUGUGUAUUAUCGGAGGGUAACUUGACUGUUUGUGUUGCUUUAUUUUUCUUUCCUUUUUGUAUGAGACCUCCAUCCAAAAAACUACAGAUGGAUGAAAAAUGGAGGUUCGCUAGUUCACAUAGAAUGCUGUGAUUAAAGAUGCCUUAAGUAUUUAACAAUCAUUAUUUAUUACUAACUGUAGCUAGCUAGCUAUUGUGGUGGAAUAUUUAAUGUCUCUAUCUCAUAACUUUGCAAUUUAAUCAAUAUAUUUAUUUAAAAUAACACAAAAUAUAAAAAAAAGAAUACCUCAUUAUGCAUUGGUCGGUGGGGAUGCUUUUGCAUGCCGUCUGUGUUUUCUUUUUCAAAGGAGGAAAAAAAAGAAAAUUGUUGAAAAAUUGACCUGGGGGGAGAGUUUCCCGACACAUUUACUAGCCAGCAUGGUGCUGUUGAUCUGGAUUACAUUCCAUUCAUGUCAUCUCGUGAUUUUUUUUUAUGUCUGAAUGAUUUAUUUUUAUCAUUUAAACAUCGUCAUCUGCUUUGAUUCAAAGCAGAUGACGGGGUACAGCUCCUUUGUCUUAGUGCGGCUCCACAGUUUGCUUGCUCUUCUCGUAUGAUAGCGCUUUGUUUCCCAUAAUCGGUCCUUAUUUGAACAUUUCAUUGUUUUGUUUAUUUGUAUUAUUACAUUCACGUUCACAAUAUUCAAUCAUAUCUGGAUCUCAGUUUAGUGCUUAUUGUUUAGGACCCACAUAACGAGCUGUAUUAUUCGUUCUUCUGUAUCGCUGGCAGUUGCUUUGUGUGGGUUUUUGGAAGUAUGUAACAUGCUAACUUGAGCCAUUGAUCUUAUUGAGCAAACUUCUGGUGUGCUGUGGUUAUACAAUAUAGAUAGCGUGUUUCACACCUGGGUAUAAUAAGCUAACUACGUUUUCGGUGUGCAUUUCUUAUAAAAAAUACUAAUACUAAUCCUGCAAAUUAUUAUAACGUGUAUCGGAUUGGAAUGACGCUGGCUGGUCUUACUAUUCUUCUUCUUUCAUUUCGUGCUCUCACUGGCCUUACCCAACGCCCUCCACAGUGUACCCCCAUAACUCCAGAGCGAACUGGACAGUAGCCAUAGUAUUAACUCAAGCUGAUGAACCGGAAUGAACAGUAGAACUUAAAGCACAAGCUUUUUAAUGCAUGUCCUUCUCAGGUUUUCCUAUGUGUAUGUGGGAGUAGCUCUGUAGAUGUGUUUAAUAUGAUGCUGUACCUUCUUGAAUAUUUCAGAUGUUUCUUUGCUGCUGAAAAAAUUGUCGAUUAUUAACCUGCCAGUGAAAAAGGGAAGUGGCCAUCUUUGUACAACACACUGCUGUUUUGCUGUAACCGCGCAAUGUUUUAUGAUCUUGAGUAUUUUAUAGAAAAGUAGAAGUAUGUAUCAAUAAUAUGAAAGCAAUAGCUAAAUCAUAAUGAAGAAUAACAUGAUCAGUGAAUAUUGUGGAAAAUCUUUAGAUUCACUCUGGGUGGAUUUUGUACUGUAUUUAUUACUAAUGAUGAUGCAAAAAGUUGCAUAGCUUAACCCAAACUGUUCUGUCUCUUUUUUAUUUAUUGUCUUGUAUAUGAUCUUUUUGUAUGUGUUUUUCAAAUAAACUGCCUAAAAUGCUGACGACUAA